UUUCAGUAAAUUCAAAGCAACAAAUUGCCAAAUGCAAGUGAGAAGGAUAUCGAUCGAAUUAUAAGCAUUUUGCAUUAAUAAUUAGCAAAAUAACCAAAAAUAAUGAAGAAACAUCGGGUUUUUCAUUUAUUUCUUCUCAUAUUUUGUAAAGCGAUUAGUCUAGUCACCACAUCUUCUUCUACGGAACAAAUAUUCGAAUUCACCGCUCCCCUCUAUAAUUUAUCCGUCGAAGAAAAUUCAAUCGGCUCAAAGUAUGCACGUUCCGAGAAUUCUACGAAAAUCGGAGUUCCACUUCCGGAAAAGGAUGCGAAUUGCAAAUUUCGAGUUGCUGAGAUUGUGGGUGAGAAGUCAUCACUUUUCAAAGCACAUUCUCGACAAGUCGGCGAUUUUGUGUUUCUUCGAAUACGAUACAAAGGCGAUAAUCCACUGAAUCGAGAGCUCAAGGAUUUUUACGAUAUUCUAGUCAAAGCUAUGUGUAAACGAAGAGAUCUUUCGAAUCUAGAGACAACUGCAAGAAUUCAUCUACGAGUUAUUGAUCGAAAUGAUGCGAGUCCAGUAUUUUUAGUUGGUGAACAAGGAUAUGAAGCUGAAAUUGAUGACGACCUCGAACCGUUCUCCACAGUCUUACGAGUCGAAGCAUCUGAUGCAGAUAUUGGAAUCAAUUCAGCAAUAUAUUUCUCAUUAGUAAACCGAUCUCAUGACUUCAUUGUGGAGCCAGUGACUGGAUGGGUUCGAUCUCUACGACACGUGAAGCCAGGAAAAUAUUCAUUGAAAGUAAAGUCAGAAGAUCGAGCUUCUCGUUUGUAUUAUUUCGAUGAAAAUGAAGUACAACCAUCGUGGACUGCUGAUGUCUUGAUAACCGUCCGUGAAACCAAGCCGAAACCACGUAGAAUUCUUGUUGACCAACGAAAAAUAAAUCCAAACAUUUUGAAUAAUCGUCAAUUGGCUGCAAUAAUUACUUUGAAAGAUUCACCGAAUGAUGCUAUAGUUGGAUUGAAAGGAAAUGAAAAGGAGCACUGGUUUGAAGUUGAGCCGGAAGUAGUUGGAAAUGAUGGUACAAAGGAAUUACGAUGGAUGCUUUAUGCUAAAAAUGGCUCUCAAGUACCUAAAAACACUAAUGUUACUUUGACGAUCGGAGAGGAUUACAUUCGUCGAAGUGGAUUUUCAAUCAGUAAAAAACCCGUUAUUCCUACCAAUGAGACAGUUACAAUUCAAAUUGAACGCCUCGCUGAACACUUAAUUCGAUUCUUGGAUAAUGAGAAGCUGACACUAAAAACUGACGAGAUGGCUCCAAUCGGAAGAAUUUUGUAUCGAAUGAACGUAAAUGUAGAGAAUCCGGAUGAUGUUUCAUUGAUUCGAUACUCACUUGAAUACUCAAAAUCGGAUCUUCCAAAUGCAACUCUCCCAUUCGCGAUUGGCUCAAAAAAUGGAAUUUUGAGAGUUUCUGCGAAAAUAAAUCGUUCCGAAAGAGUUUACAAUUUCAAAGUGAUUGCGAGUCUUCAUGGAAUCAACGAAAAACUUGCUGAGAAAGACGUUUCUAUAGAGAUUCUAGAUUCAAACGAUCAUGCUCCAGUAUUCUCUGCAAAGUGGAUGAGACAAACUCCAAUUGUCAUUGGAAAGCCCGGAGACGUCCUCGUCAAAGUCGAUGCAACCGAUCAAGAUGAGGGUGAAAAUGGAAAAAUUGUCUACAAAUUUACGAGUGAACUUCCAUUGGAAAUUAAUGCGAACACUGGAGAGAUAACGCUUGUCGAAGUACCGAAAAAGGGAAAUAGUUGGCCGGCGACUGUGUGGGCUAUUGAUUUAGGACUUCCUUUGUCGAGAAUGUCCGCGCUGAAUUUGAUGUUCUAUAAAAAUGGAACAAAGAUUCCUGCAAAACCAAAGCCCAUAAUUAUACAAGAAAGUGAAAACAAGCAUUCCCCGGUGUUCUCCUCCUUCCCAGAAAUAGUCGAGGUCACGGAAGAUGCUCCAAUUGGAACGGUUGUUGCAAAACUUCAAGCAAACGAUGAAGAUACUGGAUACAAUGGAUUCAUUCGUUACGUCAUUCAUGAUAUUGCUGGAAGUUCCCAUGAAGUUCUUACAGUGGAUGAACAGAGUGGAGAGAUUACUGUAGCUUCGGAUCUCUCUAAGUUAAUGAAAGAGAAACUGGAGGUUUUAGAUGUUCAGUUGAAAGUCAGUGCAAUCGAUGCAGGAACUCCAGUGAAAUCGUCGGUGAAAACCAUGAAGCUUCGUAUCAAGGAUGUCAAUAAUCAUUCUCCACAAUUUGACGAGGUGUCCUACUAUCUGCGAAUCAGUGAGAACGAGAAGCCCGGGAAGGACAUUUUCAAAGUAACUGCCAACGAUUUCGAUGGAGGAAACAACGGAAAAAUCAAAUUCUCACUGGGAAACAAUCAAGAAAAGUCCUCCGUGAUUUCAAUUGACGCAAAGACCGGAAUCGUCAAACUUUUGAAAUCUCUCGAUCGAGAAGAUCAAGAUGUCCACACUUUUGCAAUAAUUGCAUCUGAUGAAGGAUUCCCAAUGAGAGUUAGCGUUACGAAUCUGACGAUUUCAGUUGAAGAUGUUAAUGAUAAUCCACCGAAAUGUGUUGUACAACAUUCAAGGGCUCGCAUUCCAGAAGACUUGCCACAUGGGGCUUUUGUAUCGUGCAUGGCAGCUUUUGAUGAGGAUAUUGGACAAAAUUCCAAGUUGAAGUUUUUGCUGAACUCUGAGAAAGUUCCAUUCCGAAUUGAUCAUCAUUCGGGAUGCAUUUUCAUUCACGCUCCCGAAUAUCCACUCGAUUAUCACAAAACACCAUUUUUCAACUUAUCUAUUGAAGUUGCUGAUCAUGGAGAUCCGAUCCUUUCAACUUCUUGUCAUUUACACGUGGAACUAGUUGAUAUUGCACACAAUCAUCUGGCAAUUGAGUUUGAUGACGUGGCAAAAGAAGCAAGUGUCUACGAGAACUCGGAAAUUGGAACAGAAGUUAUCAUGAUUGAGGCAAAAGAAACUGGAGAUGAACAGAAGGUGAAAGCUGAGAAUUUGGAAUAUAGGAUUAUCGGAGGAGAUGGAUGGCCGCAUUUUUCUAUUGACCAAAAAGGUACCGUACGUACAACUCACUUGUUGGAUCGUGAAACCAAGUCGGCUUAUUGGAUUACUGUAGAGGCAAGAGACUCGAAAACUGAUUUAUACAAAGAUCCUCGACGACGAGAUGUUCUCCACGUUUUCAUCCGAAUUUUGGAUAGAAACGAUCAUCGUCCAGUGGCAAAGAAGCCGAUGUAUAUAGCAAGUGUUGCUGAGAAUUCACCUGCAAACGUUGUAAUUGUGAAAGUUGAAGCCACUGAUGCAGAUGACGUUGAUAAUGAUGCGGCUGCUCCGUUGAUGUUCAAAAUUGAACGAGGAGAUCCUCAGUCGUUCUUCCGAAUUGAUUUGACAUCUGGAUACAUUACAACAUCUGGAAUAAGACGCCUUGAUAGGGAGAAACAGUCGGAACAUGAGCUAUGGGUUUCAAUUUGUGAUGGUGGAGAACCUCAAUUGUGUUCAAAUGUAAUAGUUAUUGUGAAUGUUUUGGAUGAAAAUGACAAUUCGCCAACAUUUACUCAAGCUAUUCAUCACUACAGUGUCAGAUCGAAAUUUGCCGGAAAACUCUGCAGAAUUUUCGCCGUUGAUGCUGAUGAGGGUGAAAACGCCCGUUUAACUUACAACAUCACAGAAGGAGAUGCACGAUUUUCAAUUGAUAACAAUGGAAAUAUCAUUGCAUCAGAAGCAAUUCAUGGAGAUGAGAGUUAUGCGUUGACUGUUCAAGCGACUGAUCAUGGGACACCUGGACAACAGUUUGCUGCUACACGAGUUGUUCUUACUGCAAAUAGUGCUGGUCAGAAACCACGAAAAUCUAAAAACUCGCCACCUGAAAUUUCCGGAAAAAAGUCGGAUUAUGUGAUUCCAAUUUCUGAUGCUGAUCAAGUUGGACUCACUGUUGGAAAACUCGAAGCUUCGGAUGCGGAUGGUGAUGAACUGUGGUGGAGUAUAUCUUCUGGAGAUCCAGAUUCUGUAUUUGAUGUUCGACAAGACACUGGACAACUUUUAUUGGCGAAGAAAGUGGAAUUGUUGAAACGUGGAGAACUUCGUUUGAAUAUCAGUGUGACUGAUGGACAAGCAUGGGAUCAUUCUACUGUCAUUAUUCAAGUAUCAAGACAGAUUUCUCAACGACCAAAGUUCUCGGCGUCUCAUUACCAAACUGAUGUAUCUGAACGAGUUGCAGUUGGAACACAGAUUUAUACAUUGAAAGCAUCUGGAGAAUCACUUGGAACAAAGCCUCUUGUAUUCAAUUUGUUCAGUGUUGAUGAUGUUGCAAUGGAGGACAAGAUUCGUGUUGAACCGAGUAGUGGAAAUGUGAUUGUUAUGGAACCGUUGGACUAUGAAGCAGCACGGCGGAUUCGAGCAGUUGUGCAAGUUCAGCAGGCGAACAUGAAGAGUUUUGCAACUUUUUCGGUGAAUAUCAACGAUGAGAAUGACAAUUCACCAUACUUCGUUGGUCAUACCGCUUUUGCAUUUGUUGAUGAGAGUGAUACCGUGGAUGAUGUUCUAGCAACAGUAACAGCUUUCGAUAAGGAUCGUGGAGAGAAUGGAAUUGUAACAUAUUCAAUAGUCAGUGGAAAUGAGGAAUCUCUUUUCAAAAUUGAUGCGAAAAGUGGUGAAGUUCGACUUGCAAAACCACUUGAUCCAGAACUUCAACACGUUGAGUCAAUUCUACGGAUCAGAGCAAUAGAUUCAGCUGCAAAUUCUUUGAAAGAUGAAAUGAGUUUGCACAUUCGAAAUUCCAACGAAGCGCCAGAAACUGCGAAGUUUGAUAGGAAAGUGUAUCAAACAACACUAUAUGAUUCUACGAGACCCGGCACCCCAGUCCUUGUUCUGAAUGCACUUCAUCACGGAACCGUCAGCUAUAAGCUCGAACCAAAUUGCACAUUUUUCGAAGUUCAUACACUUUCCGGAGCUGUCCAUCUCGCAACGUGGCUUACAAAAUUGAAGCAUCGGAAAAGUGUCGAAUGUACAGCGAUUGUUGAAAGUACCGAAGGGCAGCAAGACAUUGCAAAAGUUAUUGCAAAAAUAAUCCGAACCAACCAGCAUUCUCCGAUUUUCCGAAGACAAGUAUAUCGAGGAACUAUCAGAGAAAAUAUGCCGACUGGAAGUUCAGUUCUCUCAAAGAGUCUUUUACCAUUAGUUGUUUCUGCUAUUGAUGAAGAUCCAGGAUCAAAUGGACUUGUUGGAUAUCGAAUGUUAUCUCCAAAAGAUGAGCAAAUGUUCAGUGUGGAUCAGUACUCGGGAGCCAUUCGUACUCAAAUGUCAUUUGAUUUUGAAAAGAUGAAGGAAUAUUCAUUCUAUGUACAAGCUUUCGACAUGGGACAACCACCUCGACGAUCACUGAUGCCUUCACUUAUAGUUGUGACCGUAAUUGAUGAGAACGACGAGCCACCACGUUUUCCUUCAAAUUCACUCGAUAUCUCGAUGAUCCUGCCAACUGCAAAUGGAGUUUCUGUUGGAGGACAAACAGCUCAAGAUAUGGAUUCAGUUGGUUCACUUCGUUAUUUCAUCAAGGAUCAGUCAGUACCGUUCUCUGUGGAUAGCAAAACUGGAGACGUUCUUGUGAAAGAUUCGAAUGGUAUAUCUGAUAUGACGAAACUAUUUGAUUUGGAAGUGUUUGUUACGGAUGGAAAACAAUCUGCAUCUUAUGUUAUGAAGAUUUCAACCAUCAGUACUGAAAAUUCAAAAUUCAAGUUCACACGGAAUGAGUACCAUACCUCACUAAUCGAGAACACCACUUUGCCUCCUGGAUCCAUUAUUCUGUCAGUUGCAACAAUUGGAGACAAACUUGAUCAUUUCUCGAUUGUCAAUCCCCAUGAAGCAUUCUUCAUUCAUCCUGGAACUGGUGUCAUCUCAAGUUCAGGAAUAGCUCUUGAUCGUGAGAAAUCAGCAAUUAUCCGCCUAGUUGUCCAAGCUAAAAGUCAUGAGAAGAAUCCAGUCAUGGCACGUGCUUUGGUGGUAGUAGGCAUUGAAAAUAUCAAUGAUGAAACACCAAUAUUUAUGGGAACUCCAUAUGAUAUAACAAUUGGACAUUCUGAUAUUGGAACUGUUGUUCUUGAACCAAAAGUUAUUGAUAAUGAUGAAGGAGACGUUGUCACAAUAUCAUCAGAAAAUAUGCCUGAAUAUUUCAAGAUUGUUGGUGGAAAAGUUGUUCUUGGAAAGAAGUUACCAUCAAUUGAAGAAGAGGAUCUGGAAUUCAACUUUAAGCUUAUCGCCAAAGAUAAUGGAUCAGUUCAUCGCGUAGAAGAACCUGUGAAAAUCCGUGUUGUUGACAAGGCACGCCCCGUCUUCUCACAAAAUGUCUACACAGCUGUCAUUUCGAAAGAAUCCACCAAAAAGAGUACUGUACUUGUCAAGGUUAUGGCGAAAAGUUCACUUCAAUCAAAGUCAAAAGGUCUAAUUGGAUAUCGAAUUCUGGAUAAGAAGAGCCCAUUCUCUGUUGAUUUUUUGACCGGAGAAGUUCGAUUGAACAAUUUGAAAAUGUUAGCUGAAACAAAUUAUACAUUUGAAGUUGAAGCUCGUGAAGUUACUCGUCCAAAAAUGAUUGCAAAAGCUCAAGUGGAAAUUAUUGUGAAGUCUGGAAUCACCACUCAUGCACCAGUAUUUGAGAAGUUGAAAUACACUGCAUCAACACCAGAAUCUACUUCAAUCGGUCAACGUCUUCUAACCAUCAAAGCAACAACUUCAGAUGAAAACGAUACAAUUGAAUAUUCAUUAUCUGGAAGUAAAGAUAUUGAAAUUCAUCCCGAAACUGGAGAUGUUACGAUAACUGGACAAUUAGAUUAUGAGAAAACUCAAAAAUAUGAUCUCAAACUUGUAGCCACUUCAUCUGGCAAACAAGUUUCUUCGGAGGCUGAAUUUAUUGUGCUAAUUGAAGAUGUCAACGAUGAAAUGCCUGAAUUUAUAAGAUCAGACGUCAGUGCAAAGAUAUCAGAUUCUGCGAUCACUGGACAAUUUAUCACUAUAAUGUCUGCAACCGAUAUGGACACCACCAACUCAUUGGAUGAGGAGAGUCAGAAGCUUCUUUAUAAAAUUGUAGAUGGAGAUGAAACUCUUUUCAAUAUUUCACCAGCAACCGGAGAACUUUCGUUGGCACGACCUGUGGAGCAAGAUGAUUUAGUAAAUGAGGACACGAAGAAAGUUCUGAACGUUUCUGUUACUGAUGGAAUGUUCACUGCUUAUGCAAAACUUGUCGUUGAGAUCUUGAGAAGCGGUUCGAUGCAGCCUCCUCCAAGAUUCGAGCAAAGUCAUUAUGUGGCCAAUGCAUUAGAAAAUACAAUCGUCAACAAAUCGGCGUUGUUAACUGUUGCCGUGAAAGGAGGUGUUCCACCACUUCAGUUCUCCCUUGCACCUACUACAUCUUCAAAUUCUUCAACUAGCAAAGAGGCAUGGCCAGUUGCUAUUGAUCGGAAAACUGGAAGAAUCCACGUGUCAAGAGUUCUCAAUUAUCAUCGCGAUAAAAGAUAUCAGAUUCCGCUUGUAGUCGAGGACGCAACUGGAAGGCGUGCAUUUUCUACGCUAACAUUGUCUGUAAUUGAUAUAAAUGACAAACCUCCAUUCUUCGUGCUUCCAUUCUACAGUACAUCUAUCUCAGAAUCUGCGAAAGAGGGCGAUACGGUUAUGAUGGUAUCGGCUACGGAUGAUGAUGAAAAUGAUACGAUUGAAUAUUCCCUUCUCGAUGGCAGCGAAUCUCAAUUCUUCUCUGUUCAUCCUCGUCAGGGAACUAUCACAGUUGCCAAGAAGCUUGAACAUAAAGCAGGCGUCACUUUAUCACUAACAAUUAAAGCCACGGAUUCAGCCAAUCCACCACAUCAUGCAACAACUACUGUUGAGGUCAACAUUGCAAGUGAAAGUGUAAAAGUUCCAAGAUUCUCGAAUAGUCAUUAUUUGUUCUCUGUUAUGGAAGAUGCUGACGUUGGAAAUGUGAUUGGAAGAGUUCAACAGAUGGAAACUGAAAUCGAUGAAAUUCGGUUCACAAUUGUGCCAGGAUCAGAAGAAUCGGAUUCUUUUCUUCCUUUCAGUGUUGAAAGAUCAACUGGUAAAAUUAUUGUGAAGAGUAGUUUGGAUCGAGAACGGAAAAAUCAAUGGAAAAUGACAAUUCGAGCAGAUGCAGCUGGUGGAGUACAUGCGAUAACUACGGUUACUGUAGAUAUAGGAGAUGUUAAUGAUAAUGCCCCCGCAUUCCAUGGAGAUUACGAAAGAUUUACUAUUUCUGAAGAUGCAGCUGUUGGAACUAGUGUCACUAUAUUCUCAGCAAUGGAUCGAGAUGAUUCACCUAGUGGAAGAAUUCGAUUCUCGUUAGUUGAAGAAAAUCCAUAUUUCGACUUGAAUGAGAACAGUGGAUGGCUUACUGUAGCAUCGCAACUUGAUCGAGAAAAGAUUGAUCAUUAUAAAUUAAUCGCUCGAGCAACGGAUGAAGGUGGAUUCAAUACAGAUCUUCCGUUCACUAUUGUCGUCAGUGAUGUUAAUGAUUCACCACCACAAUUUGAGAAAGAAGAGUUCAACAUUGAUCUACACCUUCCAUCAACUUCUCCAAUUCUUCAUUUCUCAAUCAAAGACGAUGACUUAUCACCAAACAACGUUUCACAGUUUUUCAUUCCGAAGGGAAAUGAAGAAGGUGUUUUCUGGAUAGAUUCAAACAAUGAUUUAUUGCUGAAACGACCGGAAAUUGUGGAAAACAAGAUGCAAUAUCAACUGAAAGUCACUGCUUUUGAUGGAGUCUUCGAAACUAGUACAAAAGUCAAAAUCAAUUUGAAAUCUUCCAAAGAUUCUGAUAUCAGAUGCCCAGAAGCCAAUAAAACUGUAAUUCUAGCAGAAAACUCGAAGAAGGGAACUGUAGUGCUCGGCGAAUCAAGUCUGCUUGGUCCAAAUGUAACAUUCAAACUAUCAGAUAAUGAUGGAAAUGUUUUUGUUGUGAACUUCCGAAAUGGAAUAGUAAAAGUGAAAGAAUCCGAUCAAAUCGACUACGAGAAGAAUCAACAAUUGGAAUUCCAUCGACUCACAAUUCAAGACAAUUCGGAAGUUUGCAAAGAAUUGAUUACUGUAGUGAUUGAAAAUCUCAACGACAAUCGACCGAAAAUCAUUGAGAAACUACUGAAAGUAUCUAUUGACGAAAACCUGCCAACAAGUGAAGAUGCUCGACAAUAUAUAACCAGAAUUGUAGCAGAAGAUGCUGAUUUUGAUGAAAUUAAAUUCCGAAUGGUAGACGAUUUCGGUGGUUUAUUCCAAAUCGACGAUAUCAAUGGAGUUGUCACAGUAGUUAAGCCUCUCGAUUCGGAAAUUUUGGGAUUCUUCAAUUUGACUGUUGUUGCCAGUGAUGGAGAAUUUGAAGACAAAGCCACCAUUCUGGUUACUGUAAUCGAUCAAAACGACAAUGCACCAACAUUUGAAAAGUCUACAUACUCGAUGAAAGUUAUGGAGUCUGAAUCAAUUGGAUACGAAUUGGCUCAUUUCCGAGCAUCUGGAGGAGAUCAAAACGAGACGAUCGAAUACUAUCUGAAACCGUCUGAUGUUACUAGUUUUGUCAAUUUGAAUGCUCAAACCGGAAUAUUGACUUUGGCGAAACCAUUAGAUUUUGAAACUCUGUCUGCUCUGAAACUGACCGUUGUCGCAAAGGAUUCUGGUGUUCCUCCUUUGGAAACUGAAGCUCAAGUUGAAAUUUCUGUGAUGGAUGAGAAUGAUAAUGCGCCGAAAUUCGAAAAGGAAAAGUACGUUGGAAAAGUCAAGGAAAACUCGAAAUCUGGUGAAAAGGUGUUAACAGUAAAGGCAUUGGAUGUUGAUAGUGAGCAUUUUGGAGCAGUUUCAUAUGAACUAGAAAUUGUUUCUGAAACAACAACUGAUACUCCUGUGCUUCCAUUUGCAAUUAACUCUAACGGAGAUGUGCUGAUUAGCCAAUCAAUCGACUAUGAGAAGAUUAAAAAAUACAAUCUCAAAGUCAUUGCAAAAGACGGUGGAAGACCUCCUCUUCGAUCAGAAGCUCUUCUGGAAAUCCAUGUGGAAGAUGAGAACGAUCAUGCUCCAACAUUCGAUGACUGCAAUAUGACUGCACUUGUUCAAGAAGGAGAAGCCAUUGGCCAUCGACUUUUGAAAUUCUCGGUUUCAGAUCUUGAUGGACCUAAAAAUGGAGCACCGUUUACCGUAGAGAUUCAAGGAGAUGGAGCUAAAUCUUUCAAAGUUAAUGAAAAGUUGGAAUUGCUCACGGCAAAGAAGCUGGAAUAUCGCAAAAAAGAUAAGUAUUUGCUCACUGUAAUUGCAAAGGAUGUGAAGGGAAAGACAACAGAUUGCCCGUUGACUAUCUUUAUCAGACAAACAAGUCGCCAUGCUCCAACGAUGAAGCCAAUGAAAAUUCAAAUCAACACUCUACAGAAUGAGUUGCCAGAAGGAAUAAUUGGACGAUUGAAAGCAUCAGAUGAGGAUGAAGAAGAUCAGAAUGGGUUGUUAAGAUUUGGUCUCGUCGAAGGAUCGAUUCAAAGCCCACGUGCACAAGUUCAAGAAUCUCGGUCAACACAUUUGUUCCGUGUCGAUCCGAAUACCGGUGACAUUUGGUCAGAUCAUUCGAUUACUCAAGGACUUCAUACAUUCAAUGUCACUGUCACUGAUAGCAAGUUUAACACAGUGAGCUAUGUAGAAGUACACGUCACCUCCAUUGACAAUGACGUCAUCGAUCACGCAGUUUCAAUCAGAAUACGAUCAAUGAGUGUCGAUGAAUUCAUGAGAAAGCAUGUGAAAGAGUUUCGACGGAUUAUCUCACAUCACUUGAAUCUUAAUGAUGAUAGUAGUAUUCAAUUGAUUAGUGUUCAAGCUGUUCCAUCAACAGAAUCAGAACGAAGAAGUAGAAGAAAUUCUAUGGAAGACGUGGAGAUCCUUAUGACAGCUCAAAGAGGACUUGGUCGUGGAUAUUUGAAACCAGAUCAUAUAUAUUCAAGAUUGAAAAAUGAUUUCCAAAACAUGAAUGAUCAAAGUCAAAGAAUGCGUUAUCAAUUGAUUACUGAAAUGUGCACAACCGGUGUUUGUCUUCGAGGAGAAUGUCGUGAAGUUAUUGAAUUGAUUGAAGAUAGCUGGACGAAAGUGUCAACUGACGAUUUUUCAUUUGUUUCUCCAUUCCAUUCUCGUUCUGCACAAUGUCUAUGUCCUGAUGGAUUUGGUGGAAAACGAUGUGAAGUUGAAACAAAUCAAUGCGCCAAAUCACCAUGUGAACAAUGGCAAUUGUGUAUUCCUUCUGUACAUAACUCAACAUAUGAAUGUGUAUGUCCAUUAGGAAUGGAAGGAGACAAGUGUUCUGUACCAUCUUGUCAAAACGACGGAAAAUGCUUGGAAGAAGCUGAACUUUCUGUUGGCGGUGAUGGUUACUUUGAGAUCUCACUUUCGAAUGAAAUCGAAACUCGGAUGGAAUUGGAAAUUGAGCUAAAAACGACAACUCACAAUGGUAUUAUUAUGUGGAGCCGCGGAAAACGUGACUUCCACAUGCUGCGGCUUGUCAAUGGAACUCCAGAAUAUCAUUGGAACGCUGGUACCGGAACAGGAAUUGUCACAUCGAAAACAUCGGUUGUUGAUGGACAGUGGCAUCGUAUUGCGAUAUCGAGAAGGCAGCGAAGAACUCGAAUGACUGUUGAUGAUGAGGAUUUGCAAGAGGCUUUUAGCCCGAUUGGAUCAACAGUUAUUAAUCUACAUCGAUACUCUCAAAAACUGGUACUUGGUGCAAAAGUUGAUGAUGGAGAGCUCACUGAUGGAGUUUCGGCGUGUUUCCGCACAAUUUCAGUUGAUGGAAUGAAGGUUCUCAAAACAAGACAAGGAAUGAAGCUAUUUGGAGCACAACCAGGAUGUUCUGCACUGACGUCUUCCCCGUGUAAUGAUCUUCCAUGCCAACACGCGGGAACUUGCAUUUCUCAAGGAAAAUCACAUUUCAAAUGUGAAUGUCCUUCGAGAUAUUCUGGAAAUGUCUGCGAAAUCGAUCUUGAACCAUGUGCAUCAUCCCCAUGUCCAACUGGAAUCCAGUGUAUUCCAUUUUAUAACGAUUAUCUCUGCAAAUGUCCGAAUGGAUUCACUGGAAAACACUGUGAAGCACGUGGAUUCGAAGAUCACGAAACAUCGUCAUGCUCCAAAAACGUGUGCGGAACCUCCGGACAGUGCAUCUCAAUUCCUCGACACAGUUUGGAAAGUUCGGAUUUCAUAUGUAAUUGUACCGGUGGAAUACUUCAAUCGACACCAUGCGCUGAGAAGUCUGAUAUUUUAUCGACGGUUCUUGAAUUCCUACUCAAAGCUGAAAUUGUAAUUGUCAUUUUGGGUGUUCUACUAUUGUUACUCGUCUUUUGUUUAACAUUCAUCACAUGGAAAUGUUGUAAGAAGAACAGAGAUCCAAAAUAUGGAGCUCACUGUGAUGUUCCUCACAUGAGAAACACACGAGUUCUGGUGCCAGUCGUACCUCCACCACUUCCGCCACGUGGAUUCAGGAACGAUUCAUCUAACUUCAUAUCAACAUCGUCUGUAACCACAUCUCAUCGUCCAAUGGUUCAAGUUAAACCAUAUUCUUCUGAUAUCCGUGACUCAAGAUCUCCAUCUGCGUGCGGAAGUUCAAAGGGAACUCGAAGAGAUCCAUUGCCAUCGGACAAAUUCCGGAGAGUAGACGAAACUGCAAAUAGAAUUCGUCAUUCCGAUAGGAAAGAUCCACGUGGAGAUGUACUCUCAUCUUUGAGAGAUUCAUCAGAUGAAUGGAUGGGAAUUGAUGAUCGAAUUGAUUCUUCAUUGAAAUACUCCCGUGCUGCAGCUGGUACCGUUAUUGUUGGUGACACCGAGCUGAUGCCAGUGAUCAAUGAUAACGACUAUAUGACGAUGAAACCACGAAAGGACAAGAACUUCGAACGAGAGAAACCUCCAGCUAUUCCUGCUCAUGCGACUCCGCUCGAAUCUGUACUCAAAUUGGGUAGCUCUUCAAGUGGAGAAGAGGCUCCACGAAAUGCAUUAUACGACGAUCCGAUCUCAUUAGAUUCACAGACUUUUGAUGAUAUAGACGAAGAAGUCAACAUUCACAUCUCUUAAUAACCUUCAGUAUUUCUUUAAUUCACAAUUUCUCAAAAUCAAGGUGCUUUUUUCCCUUUCUCUUCCCAUAAUUCUUUCAUUCAUUUUCUCCCCCGUGUUAUUACCGAUAUGUAUUAAGUUUCUCCAAAAACCUCACAAAACCUUUGCAACAACCAAAACCUCAAUUUGUUCACUUUAUUGCUGGAAAAUCCACCCGAUUUUAUGGGUCAACUUGUUACGUGUAUCUACAACCCUUCACGACUCAAACAUUUGUUCACAUAGCUUUGUAUUUCAAACAUUUUUUCUAUUCGUGUCUUUUUCUGCUGUUCAUAAUAAAUUAUUCAAUAAUAAUUC